UCGUGCUUUCUUUUGUGCUUCCCGGUUCAGCAAAUUUAGCUCUAUUAUUCAAUUCAAUUCUCGUUGAUGAUACAAAGACCUCUCGCGUUGUGUUUCAGAAUUCCUUUUGUUUUGUUGGAUUAAUUGCACAACCUUUUCUUUCCUACAGGAUAAUUUCGACUUCAUCUCUCUAGCUACUUCCCAAUGGCUGCUACUUUUUCUUCUUCUCAGAAGAGAUAUGAUGUCUUCCUCAGUUUCAGAGGAGAAGACACCCGCAACAAUUUCACUGCCCAUCUGCUUAAGGAGUUGCGCACCAAAGGAAUCAACACUUUCUUUGAUGAGGAUAAGCUCGAGAAAGGUCGAGUCAUAUCCCCUGCACUCAUUACAGCUAUUGAAAACUCCAUGUUUUCUAUCAUUGUUUUGUCGGAAAACUAUGCAUCUUCUAGGUGGUGCUUGGAGGAGAUGGUCAAGAUACUAGAAUGCAAUAGAUCCAAGGAGGAGAGGGUUCUACCAAUUUUCUACAACGUGGAUCCAUCAGAUGUGCGGAAUCACAGGGGAAAAUUUGGAGAAGCCUUGGCUAAACAUGAAGAGAAUUUGGAGGAGAACGGGAAGAGGGUGAAAAUUUGGAGGGACGCUCUGACUGAAGUUGCAAAGUUAUCUGGCUGGGAUUCAAGGAACAAGAAUGAGCCUCUGAUAAUCAAAGAAAUCGUUGGGAAACUUUUGAAGAAGUUGUUAAAUACAUCCACAAGAGAUACUGAAGAGAACCUGGUUGGAAUACAGUCCCGCAUUCAAGGACUGAGAAUGCUAUUGUGUUUGCAAUCAGAUGAUGUUCGGAUGGUAGGAAUUUGUGGUAUGGGCGGACUAGGGAAAACAACCCUUGCUAGAGCUAUUUAUAGCCAAGUUUCUAAUCAAUUUGAAGCUUGCUCCUUUCUUGAAAUUGCAAAUGAUUUCAAAGAGCAGGAUUUAACCAGUUUAGCAGAGAAACUUCUUUCUCAAUUAUUGGAGGAAGAAAAUCUCAAAAUAAAAGGAUCCACUUCUAUAAAAGCAAGGCUCCACUCAAGAAAGGUCCUUGUUGUUCUUGAUAAUGUGAAUAAUCUAACAAUAUUGGAACAUUUAGCCGGAAAUCAGGAUUGGUUUGGUCAAGGGAGUAGAAUUAUCGUAACUACUCGGGAUAAACAUUUGUUUUCACAUGAAGUCAAGUAUUAUGAGGUUACAAAAUUUAAUGAUGAUGAAGCAUUUGAGUUCCUCAAACAUUAUUCGUUAAAAUAUAAACUUCUUGAAAAUGAUUUCAUUGAGCUUUCGGAAGAAGUAAUACAAUAUGCCCAAGGCCUUCCAUUGGCUCUCAAAGUUUUAGCUCCUUUUUUAUUUAGCAUGAGCAAAGAUGAAUGGAGAGAUUACUUAGGCAAACUAAAAAGUACUCCUAAUAUGAAAAUUCAGGAAGUACUUAGAUUAAGUUACGAUGGGCUAGAUGAUAAUGAGAAGAAUAUAUUUUUGGAUAUUGCAUGUUUCUUUAAAGAAGAGGACAAAGAUCAUGUGGUGGAAAUACUAGAGAGUUGUGGCUUCUCUGCAAAAUGUGGAAUAAGAACUCUCAUUAAAAAAUCUCUCAUAACUACUUUUGCUAACAAGUUGAAGAUGCAUGACUUAAUACAAGAAAUGGGUAAGGAUAUUGUUCGCCAAGAAUGUCCAAAAGAGCCUAGAAGACGAAGUAGAUUGUGGGAACAAGAAGAUAUCUUUGAUGUGUUGAAAAGAAAUAUGGGAAGUGAAAAAAUUGAAGGCAUUUUCCUCGACUUGUCUCAUUUAGAAGACAUACUAGACUUCACCACUGAAGCCUUUGCUGGGAUGAAAAAACUUAGAUUGCUCAAAGUCUAUAAUUCUAAGAGUAUUUCAGGAGACUUCGGAGAUACCUUUAACAACAAAGUGAAUUGUAGAGUGCGGUUUGCCCAUGAAUUUAAAUUUUGUUCCGAUGAUUUGAGGUACUUAUGUUGGCAUGGAUACUCUUUGAAAUCAUUACCAAAGGAUUUCAGCCCAAAGCAUCUUGUUGAUCUUAGUAUGCCUUAUAGUCACAUUAAAAAACUUUGGAAAGGAAUCAAGGUUCUUAAAAGCUUAAAAUCCAUGGAUCUCAGCCACUCUAAGUGCUUGAUAGAAACUCCAGAUUUCUCAGGUAUCACCAACCUUGAACAUCUAGUUUUAAAAGGUUGUAUAAAGUUGCGUAAGGUUCACCCAUCACUUGGAGAUUUGAAAUCUCUUCAAACAUUUAUUCUUUCUGGUUGCUCCAAAUUUGAAGAAUUUCCAGAGAAUUUUGGGAACUUAGAAAUGUUGAAGGAGCUUCACCUAGAUGGAAUUGUGGUAAGAGAACUACCCCCUGCCAUUUUUUCCAUGAGCAACCUUGAAAAGUUGUCUUUCCGUGGAUGUAAAGGACCAGCAUCUGCCUCAUGGUUGUGGCCAAAAAGAAGUUCAAAUUCUAUUUGUUUCACGGUACCUUCUUCCUCAAACUUGUGCUCUUUAAUGGACCUAGAUUUAAGUUGCUGCAAUAUAUCAGAUGGAGCAAAUCUUGGUAGCCUUGGCUUCUUAUCUUCACUUACAAAGUUAAAUUUAAGUGAAAACAACUUUGUCGCUUUGCCUAACAUGAGUGGACUUUCUCACCUGGAAUGGCUUUGGUUGGAAAAUUGUAAAAGACUGCAGGCACUUCCACAGUUUCCGUCUUCACUUGAAGGGUUAGAUUUAAGUGGAAACAACUUUGUCACUUUGCCUAACAUGAGUGGACUUUCUCACCUGAAAUUGCUUGGGUUGGAAAAUUGUAAAAGACUGCAGGCACUUCCACAGUUUCCAUCUUCACUUGAAGUGUUAAGAUUAAGUGGAAACAACUUUGUCACUUUGCCUAACAUGAGUGGACUUUCUCACCUGAGAAGGCUGUGGUUGAACAAUUGUAAAAGACUACAGGCACUUCCACAGCUUCCAUCAAGCAUACGUUCUUUAAAUGAAAAAAAUUGCACAUCAUUGGGAACAACUGAAUCACUCAAGUUGCUGAGGCCGUGGGAACUCGAAUCCCUAGAUUAUAGAUUCGGUGUUGUGAUUCCUGGGAGUAGAAUACCAGAUUGGAUCAGGUAUCAGAGCUCGGAGAAUGUAAUUGAAGCAGACCUACCUCUAAAUUGGUCUACCAACUGCCUGGGUUUUGCAUUGGCCUUUGUCUUCAUUAGCCAGCCAAUUGUCCCUCCUAAUUGGUGCUUUCGGGCAGAUGUUUUCUUGCACUUUGGCACAUGUUACUCUACUAACUACACUCAUGUUUUUUACCAUAUUGAAAGGGAUAAUUGGUUUUUGGCUGAUGAAGGGGAUCAUUUGCUUCUGAGAUAUGUACCAGUUCAACCCUCACUCAGUUCGCAUCAAGUCACUCACAUCAAGGCUAUAUUUGUAAUACCCGAUCAUGAAAUUAAGAGAUGUGGGUUAGGUUUAGUGUAUGUUAAUGAAGAGGUGAAUUGCAACAAUGUGCCUCCCCCUAAUGAGUCAACUCUUGUCCUUAAAGAAAUCUCUGCGGCGGGGGAACCCAUUGAAUGUGAGGAUAUGACCAUGACUCAGAAUCAGAGGAGGAUAUGACCAUUGAAUGUGAGGAUAUUACCGAAGAAUGCGGAAUGUACCUCUGAAUCCCACUUUUACUUUUGGAUUGCUUUUCUUUCUGGGAGUGCUUAUGGGAAUAGCCUUCGUAACCAAAAGGGAAACGUAGGAGACGUGAAAAAUAAAAAAUAGAAAACCCUUUUCAUCUUGAGGGGAUCACUCUGAAUUGGAGAUUUCGGCCACACAACUGCUUGAUCAUUUCUGGUCCAAAAGUAAGCCCUAAGAUCUGUGGGAUUCAUGAUGCUGAUUUCAGAGGUGUGGAGGCAUUAUGAUUUGCUGAUUUCAAGCCCUAAGGGACCUGGAUUCAAAUCCUAAUGUGGCAUCAUAUGACUCUGGUGAAAGAAGGAAAAAGAAGAAAAAGAUGUGGGGAUAAGAAUCUAAAACUACUGCAUAAAAUGAAAAUGAAGAGCCUGCUGUAUAUGGAGUGCCUUUUGUAGAAUCCAAGUCCAUUGGUUUCGGUUUUUCUGCUUCUUGUGCACUCUGCCCUGUUGAAGAGACUUCUGAAUGCAUCAUCGUUGAACUGCUUUCUUCACUGUCUGUAUCACUUGGUACCCGUUUCCUUCUUCCUGAACAUUGUUCCCAGUUGAAGGAUCCAGUGACAGUCUCUUUGCUGGAAUACUUUCUUCAUCCUCCGGGUCCAUUGGUCCUUGUAUACUCUUUCCCUAUUGAAAAGUCCAGUGAGGGCUUUUUCGUUAGAGAAUCUACUGCAAAGUCUGGAUUGAUUGAUGCUUUGAUCUGCAUUUACAUAUCAAAAAUAGCAAAUCGAGGAAAGGAUGAUGGAAUGCGGCCUUUUGCAGCCUUCACACUGCAGUUGCACCUUAUGCAGAUCUCUUGAACGCCAAUGUCCACUGCUGAAAACAAAUACUGUUUCAAGCUAUUUGGGUUGUCAAGCUGCAUUAAGUGCAUUGGCUGCUCAUUCAAUUGAUCCCGGUGAAGCAGAAAGACAAGUUCUUGGCAUUAUCUUAGGGCAAGGUCAACAAAUGACUGGAUGAUUAUUUACAAUGGGUUGUUGAAAGUCAGAGACUUAGUCUCCCCAAGGAAAUGGCUGAGUUCCCUUCUAGGCAAAAUUCACAAAGGGGCAUUUUCAACCUGGAUUAAGGCAGUAUUGAAGCAUUAAAUAUGUUGCUUUUGCACAACUUGGAUGCAUAAAAAAGGUUGAAGAAGAUAAAUCAGCUUUUGAGGUUCAAGCGAAGGUUGAUCUUUAAGCGAAAGUCUACCUUGACCCAGUCAUCAUUGCAGAAAUCCAAGCUUGACCCAAAGUUGAAGGGCAUUGCAGCAAAGUCUCCUCAUCUUUGUAUCUAUACCUUGAACCACGAGCCUUUACUCUACUUAAUGUCUUUUUUUUUUUCUCAUAUGUAUACCUACCCGGUAUAAGCUUUAUAUGAUCAUCUCCGUUUCCCUCAUGACUUAUAAUAUUUAUAUAAUAUUUUUAACAAUUUUCCUUAUCAUACAAUGAAAUC